AUGUAUUUAUUACUUACAGUUGAUAUUAAAUGUAUAAAUGGAAAAGCAAAGCAUCGAUUAUCUAUUAUAAUUUUAUUAAUUUUAAUACUUUUUCUUCUAUCAAGUAUUAUUGCUGGAUUGUUUUUUGGUUUAAAAAAAGAUAAAAAAAAUUUGCUAUCAGAUGAUAAAUGUGAAUUAGAUCAUGAAUCGUAUUCAGUUAAUGGAUCAUCAAAAUUAGGAAAAUAUGAUCGAGCUGCAGUAGCUGUUGAUAAUGAAGAAUGUUCUAAAAUAGGCAAAUCAAUUUUAUUAAAAGGUGGAAAAGCAGUUGAUGCAGCUAUUGCAUCUUCUCUUUGUAAUGGGAUUUUAAAUGCACAUUCAAUGGGAAUUGGUGGAGGAUGUGUUUUGAUUAUUUAUUCAAAAAAACAUGGAAAAGCAUUUAGUAUUGUUGAACGUGAAAAAGCUCCAUUAAAUUCAAAUAAAACAAUGUUUCAAGGAAGAGAAAAUAUGUCACUUAUUGGUGCAUUAUCAAUUGGAACACCUGGAGAAUUAUUAGCAUAUCGAAAAGCAUAUGAAUUAUUUGGUGGAGGAGUUUCAUGGUCAACACUUUUUCAACCAACAAUUCGUUUAUGUGAAAAAGGUUUUAAUGUUAGUCGUACUCUUGCUUUUGCAAUUAAUCAAAAUAAAAAACAUAUUAUUAAUGAUACACAACUUAGAGAAAUAUUUCUUAAAAAUAAUUUAACAAAUGAACUUUAUGGUGAAGGAGAUUUAAUGAAAAGAAUAAAAUUAGGCAAAACUUUACGUCAAAUAUCUCAAUAUGGUAUUAAAACAUUUUAUUCAGGAAAUCUUUCACAUAAAAUUAUAUCAGAAAUACAAAAAAGAGGUGGAAUAUUAACAUUAGAUGAUCUUCGUCAAUAUGAUUUAGAUAUUCGAGAAGCAUUAUCAAUAAAUUUAAAUAAUUCAUUAAAAGCUUUUACAAGUUCAUCUCCAUCAAGUGGUCCUAUUCUUGCAUUGAUUCUUCAAAUUAUUCUUGGAUAUAAAUUUGAAUCGAAUGAUCUUAAUCAUAAUGAAACCGCAUCACUUUUUUAUCAUCGAUUAAUUGAAUCAUUUAAAUUUGCUUUUGCUAAACAAUCGAAUUUAGGUGAUCCACAACAAAUUCAUCUGAAAAAUUUUAUUUCAAAUUUAACAUCACAACAAUAUGCAAAUCUAAUUAGACAAAAAAUCAAUGAUUUAAAAACUUUUGAUGAAGAAUAUUAUAAAGAUAACAAUAACGAAAUAAAAACAAAUGAUGGAACAGCUCAUAUAUCAAUUGUUGAUCAAUAUGGAGAUGCUGUUGCUAUAACAUCAACAAUAAAUACAUAUUUUGGUUCAAUGAUUGUUGGUGAAGAGACAGGAAUUAUUUAUAAUAAUGAAAUGAAUGAUUUUUCAAUUUCAACAAAAGAAAAUUAUCAUGGAUUAAAAUUUUCAAAAAAUAAUUUUAUUUCACCUGGAAAAAGACCAAUAUCAUCACAAUCUCCAUUAAUUAUUAUUGAUAAUAAUAAACAAAUUCGAUUAGUUAUUGGAGCUAGUGGAGGAUCGAAAAUUUUAACUAGUAUUGCUCAUGUUACUUUACUUAAUUUAUUAUUUAAUAAAAAUAUCAAAGAAUCAAUUGAUCAUUCAAGAAUUCAUCAUCAUUUAUCUCCAAAUCAAAUUAGUUUUGAACGAAAUUUUGAUCAAAAUAUUUUAAAUGAACUUAAACGUCGUGGACAUAAAAUGAAAUGUAUACCUUAUGGAGGUUCAAUUGUUCAAGCUAUUGAAUGGCGUCAACAAGAAAAACAAUAUUGGGCUAAUUGUGACAUUAGAAAAGGGGGAAAUCCUCAUGGAUAUUAA